AAAAGUGUUGGUAAACGCCAAAACACACGUGCCGCCCAGUUUGUUUUUAUUUUCUCGCGGGGAUUGACGCCAAACUGGAACUCGAUUGCCGACCACCCCGAUGAGCAGCCAGAAGCUGGAGUACGACGCUGCGGUGGGCGGGCAUGUCACCCUGCCGACGCACGUGACCACGUACCACUAUGCGGCCGGAGUGCUGCAGGAGAUCCGGGGCCUUGUAGCCGACUGCCAGGAGACGACGCAGCGGAGCAGCAAGCUGAUCUUCCAGACGCUGCCCAAGCACAUGCGCCGCCGGGCCAUGUCGCACCACCCGAAGCGGCUGCCGCGCAAGUACCGCCAGGCGCACAGGUCGCAGAUGGGCAAGGGCGGCAACCAGCCGGUGAACGGGAAGCGGCCCUCGAGGAAGUACCGCCGGCGACCGAAGAACCUGGCGCGCGAAUACGUGCGCCGGCAGAGGCGUCACGUCUGGCUGGAGACGCACAUCUGGCACGCGAAGCGCUUCCACAUGGUGGAGCGCUGGGGCCAUCGGCUGGCCUUUGCCAGCUGCGACAAAACGUACCGCGCCUGCUAUCGCGCCAGCGCAGAGCACUGCCUGCUGCAGGACAUCUCCUUCUACGGCUGCGUGGAGCUGCGCGGGCCUUUGGACACCCUGCGCCAGGGAUUCGGCCGGCUAUCCAGUCCGCAGUGUGGACUGGGGAUCACGGCCAGGACCUUCCUCAGCGGACGACGCGAGGGCAGCGUGGAGCUGUUCGAGGCGGACAGGUACCCGCAUGGAGCCCUGCAGCGGGUGAGCUUCAUGUGGCGCCCCCAGAAGAACGAGGGCGAGGGGCAGCACACCGUCUGGCUGUGGCUGCAUCCCAGUGCAGCCCAAGCCACUCUGGAGCAGCUGCUGGCUGUGUUCCGGCUGAAGUCCACCAAGCAGCAGACGCUGCCUCUGGCAGAGGAAGCGGAGCAGCAAGCCGAUGGCAAGCCCAGGGGGAAUCUCAGCCAGCAGGACUCCAGCGGCAGCCAGAAACCCCUGCGUUUCUGGACACAAACGAAGGCCUUCGAGCUGCAGCCGAGCUACUCCAACUCCGAGGAGUCACUGCACUUGGUGCUGCUGCAGCGGGAGUUCAAUCGCUUCCGUUUGACGGGCCCCCGAGCCCAACGCGUUCUGGCCGCCAGCCUGCGGUCGCAUCAAGGGCAGGCGCUCCAGGAGCAGGAGCAGGCCAACUACUGCGAGGCUGCGCUGCAGCUGAGCUCGCCCGCCGAGCUGCUCUCCAAUCUGGUGAUUGGCAACCAGGUGGUGGAUCCGCGCCUGCAGCGACCGAGCAAGCGCACGAAAGCAAACGGGAACGGAGAACAGCCACGCUCCGCGGCCGAUCUGCUGGUGGAUCAGCCUAAGGCUCUGCCAGAGAGUCCGUUGUGGAGCAAGGAGGCGAGGGAGCGGCUGGCCAAGGGCAUUAUGUCCACGCACACGUACGAGCUGCUGCGGCGACAGCACGCCGUGGUGCCGGGCGCUCCGUGCGCCUUCGAACAGCAGCUGCAGGCGGUUCCCGUGAUUCUCAUUCAGAGGCCCGGCUCGCAGGACUCCAGAUACAAGAGGCUGGCCUACGGCUGCGGCUGGGAUGUGAUUGCUCCCGGCGGAUACGGCAUGGCCCUCUGGCUGACGCUCACCAUGUGGGGCGCCAGGCCGGGUGGAUUACGGGAGCUGGACUCCGUGGCCAGGGAGGCGGGCGCCGAGAUGCAUCUGCCGGACACAAUAGCGGGAAUUCAACAAGCUGCUGCCUCAGCGGACGAGCUCCGUGCCCGCUACUUUCGGCUGCCGCCCAACAAGCGCACCAACUACCGAAAACUGGCGGUGGCCAGCCCGUUCAGCGCUCCGUGGAAGCACCUGGUGCGCGACUGGCGCUCAUCUCCUACUCCUGCCAGCGUACCGCCGUUCUACGUGCUCCGCCAUCGCCAGAAGCUGGAGGAGAUUGCUGAGGCAGUGCAAAAACGCAGGCCACUGCCGGAGCCGCUGCCCGAGGAGGCACUCAUCCAGAUCCAACUCCGGCUGACGUCCCGCGGUCGUGUGAGCGACAACGCCCUGAUAUGCCUGCCCACGGCGGCGGAUUACAAGCAGCGCUGGCGGCAGCUGAAGCAGAACGACCAGAGCCCCGUUCACGUGGAGCCACCGCAGCCGGACCUCAACGAACAGCCCCGCAAGGAGCUCCGCCAGAGCCACAAGCUCAAGCUGAAGCGACUGCGCGCGCGAAGGGUGCGGGAGAAGCGAAGGCUCCAGGAGACCGCCACCAAACGGGUGCACAUCCGGCCAGCGAACACCGGGCAUCUGGUGAGCGCCCAGCUGCAGGAGAUGUGCCGUCUCUGGCUCCCCUCCGACCCCGCGGAGAUGCGGGACAGCGUGCGCCGGCAGUGCAGUCGCCUUGUCUUCGGCUACGUCCGCACGGCCGGCUUCAGCUUCACGGAGGCGCAGGUCUGCGCCGUCGGCUACGUGACUCCGCUCGGUCUGCAGCAACUAAUUAAUGAGCUGCCGAAGUCCAGUGAUCACCGCAGGCAGCCGCCAUUGCAGUGUCUGGUGCGAGACCCGGACAGCCGGGACUACCGCUGGGCCGGCUUCCAGAUCAACCUGAAUGUGGCCAGUCCAGCCUUUUGAUCGGUUUUUAAGAUAGAUAGUUGGUAAGAUACGAUGAACCAAAUAAAAGUGGCUAUCACAUAGCUGAUAAAUAGAUAGAA